AUGCGUGGCUUGACAAGAUCACGAUGGAUUCGUUUUUAUUCGGGAUCAACGGCGACAAGUCUUUUCCCCAAACAAUCUUGCAGUUUUUGUCUCAUAUUUCGGACAGCCGGUUUCGCUCGUUGGAUGGAUCGGCAAACAAUCUGGCCAGCUCCAUACUAUCCAUGGAUAUUUGACAAGGAGCAACGAAUUCAACUUGGGAGGGCCGGAAAAUCGUAUCAACAAGACAGCAAUCUCAACUAUGGGGGAGAAGGCUACAUAAACCCUUUUCGAGCCUCACUGAAACGGGUUGUAGGUGGAACUUUUUGGUUUCGAACAUACCCAUCGGAAGAGGAAGCACCACGUGGUACUUGCUGGAAACACGAACCGACCACCAAUCAAAAAAUUUAUGCUUCGUAUCAGAACACUUCUCCAAACACCACUCAUAGAAUAGAGAGAACUUUCUAUUCGUCGAGUUUUCGAAUCGACAAUCAAACACAGCUCAAUUUGCAUCAGAAAUUGACCUACACUCCAAAUAUCUACCUCAAUUAUUUCGGGCUCUCGAUUCGAGUCGAAAAAUGGUCUGAUGUUACAAGAGAAGUGUUGGUGAUUCCUGGUUGGGUUAACGGUGGCCCACCCAAAACUCUCUAUCUUGUCGUGAAGGAAAAUGUCACACCAAUAGUGAUCGUUUCGCCGGCCACCUAUGUUAGCUUUACCACAAUGCCAGAAAAGGGAGAAAAGUUUUCUUUUGAGGCCACUUGUGUACAAGCAAUUUGGUGCCCUGAAAACCCGGUUCCUGAUGUUUAUGGAUAUCAAAUGACGAUGAGAGAAGACUAUUUGAGUACAUUAGAAACGACAACAACACCAACAACAAUAUUGCCGGCUACAAUUACCACUGCUACAACGACAACGAUAACAACCGCUGUAACGACAACAACGACGAUCACAGCUACUACGACGACUUCACAAACAACUUCUAAAGAAACCACAACAGCGAAAGACAAACCGAAAAACAUCUUUUCUCGCUAUAAAUGGGAAUGGAUCGGUGCUGGGAUUGCGUUGAUUGUUGGAAUUGGAAUCAUUUUGAUCAUUGUUUUGGUUCGAGCCUGCCGACGUCCACCCAUUGUUUCGUCUGCCUUCAAUCUCAAUCUAAACGUGACCACAAAUGAUAUGGAACGGGCACAACACAAAACACCUCUCCCGAAUCUCAGGCGGUGUUACAACUCUUUACCAAACGCUUGUCGGUGGCACAAAAGUUCAAGCCAGUUUUCAUCUACCAUCAGUGGUGAUAGUCCGAUCGUUUUUGAUUGGGCCGAUGGAACACCAUUUACCUUUCAAUUUUGGGCUCCAGAAGAGCCGGACAACCAAGGUGGACAACAGGUGAAGGGGUUUGCAGGUGUGGUCAUCCAACUACAGCCUUGGCGACUUUUCGGCAAACCUUGGGAAAUGGGACGAUGUGGAGCG